GAUUAUCGAUGCUUCAUUGUGACCAAUUGUGCAACAGUAUCUUCAAAAAAAUUAAAAAAAAACCGUUACAUUGUUAGCUUAGAGCGUAAUAAAUUUAUUUGGAGCACUUGUUGAUGUUUUCUUUGUCUUGAAUAAAUUAAAAAUAUCCACAUUUAUAAACAAAUUCUUUGGCUUUUUUGAGUACGACAUUUUUUUUUAUUUCAUUAAAAAAAAUCGACAUGGAUGAUCUGCCUGGUAUAAAUUUAAGUAAAGAACAAAAGUCACUUCUUGAACUUGUCAUACAUGCUUAUGAAUGGCCUGAACAGAAAUUUAAGAAAAAAUAUAAUCAGCAAAUAAAAAAUUUAGAUUUUACUGAAAUAUGUGAUUUAAUCAAUGAACACAUUCUUAUGUGCAUCACAACUGUUCAUGAUCAACGAACUCUUCGAAAACUCUUCGCGGGAUUAGAUAGAAUUCUCUACAUUCAAGUGGAAUACAUAAAUAAUGAUUCGAAGCAAAUUUUAGCAAGAUUUACAACAGAACUUGCUUCUGCAAGACGAAAACGUUCUCCAAAAGCCCAAGGUAAAGGCAAAUCUCGUAAACCUAAAGGGAAAGAAGAAUAUGACGAUUCAAGUGUGAUAUUGUUGUUUGAAAAAGAAGAAGAUGAUGAUAUUGAUCUGGCAAAAGUUUUUGAAAAUGAUAAAAAUGUUAAAGAUGAAAAUCUCAUUGAAGAAAUUGAGGAGCCAGAUGAGGAUAAAAAAAUUUUCGAAGCAAGUUAUUUUGGGCCAGCUUCAAAGGAUGAAUUACUAUUUAGUUGGGACAAUGUGAAACCAAUAUCUAGUUUGAUAAAAACAACUGAUCAAGGAAAAUAUGGUUCGUUUGCUCGUGCAGAGAAACGAGUUUUGGAAGAAUUAGAACAGCAUCCGACUAAUACACCACCUGGAAUAGUUACAGAUAAUGUCAGGAAUGAUGAAGGAAAUUUUGCUGAUUUCUUGCAACAUAUGGGAGAAGCUUUACCUGAAGUUUCUCUAACUCCAUCUAAAAGAAAGCAAAGAGGUAAUAGAGACUCUACAGAAACUCCAUCCAAACGAAAUCGAAUAGAAAAUGAGGCUUCAGCAUUGCCAGAUAAUACAAAGAACGAUGAAGGGAAUUUCGCUCAUUUUUCCCAACAUAUCGAAGAAGCGUUACCUGAAAUUCCUCAAACUCCAUCCAAAAGAAAGCAAAAAGAUAAUAGGGACUCUAUAGAAACUCCAUCCAAACGCAGCCGAAGAAACUUGAACGAACAAUUGAAAGCCUCGCAAGCAGAAACAAGUGAUGAUGUCUGGAUUUUACCAGAGAUUGAAAAGUCUGAACACAUACUUAAAAAAAAUAAGAAGAAGAAGAAGACGAAGCCAUUGUUUGAUGAAGAAACAAUGAUUAAACAUGAUUUGACAAAUAUUUAUACGCAAACAGUUUCUUUACACAAGAGAAUCAUCCAACCAAGGAAUAUUGUGAUACCUGCAGUAGAGCUCCUCAAGAUACCAUCAUCAAUAUUUGCUAAAAAUAAGAAGCGUAAACCAAUCAGUGGAGUUUUAUUAGAGAAAUUCCAACUUGUGGCAGAUCAUACACACAAACGGAAUGAAAAUGAAUUUGAAAUGAAUAAAUCUGAUCUUCAUUCUCUUUCUUCAGUAGAAAAACAGAAUUUACAAGCUUCAGAUCUACGAGCUUCAGAUUUAAUUGAUAAUAUUGAGUUAUCAUCAAUGAAAGAUAAGAUUGAAGGGUAA